GGGUACGUAUAUCCCAUUUGUACGAAAGAGCCCCUACGAAAGAGCAACUUCGUCGGCUAUAACCCCCUUGUUGCUGGAUCGGGAGCAUUAAGAUAUAGACGACCACGACGUAAUGCAUUAAUGGAAGUACAAAUGCCAGUGAUUAAGAACGCCGAAUGCAAAAUAGCUUAUUCCAAAUUUCCUAAUGCACCUGAUAUCACUGAUGGUAUAAUAUGCGCCGAACAUGCUCAGGUUGGAGAGGAUUCUUGUACGGCUGACCGCGGCGGAUCACUGCUGAUACAACAUGAAUUAACCUCGUAUUUAAUAGGUAUUGUGUCUUAUGCUUAUAAGUGCGGCACAGCUGGGUAUCCCAGCGUUUACACUAGGGUCACAUCGUACCUUGACUUCAUUCUCCAAGCGAUGCAAUAAUAUGAUAUUACUGUUCCAUAAAUAUCAUUGUGUAAAAAACGUAAAGUUGGAUUUUCUUAUUGUGGAGAUAAGAAACAGCUCAAAUUUACAUUGUUUUGUACGUUACAAAUUAUAGGCUUAAAAUGUACGAAAUGUAACUUUGAAACGACACUAAU